AUGAUUUCUAAGCUGACAACUGAGCUCCAUUGACCAGUGGAGUGCAGCUAUGACGGAAGACGCUCUGGAAGCUCGGUCAGAGCUCUGAUUGGCCGAGAGAUCUAAUGAGGACCCCCCACCCCCAAGACCAGAGAAUAAGAGACCAGGACUCUGGGGACAAGGGAUCUACAGCCGAGUGGUGUGUGCUCUUCUCCAGUGGACGCUUCGCUCUGGACGUUCGCUGUGCCAACGCUCGGGUUACCAGAGACACCAUGGGCUUCUGGAAGUUCUUUCCCUUUCUGGCUCUCAGCAGCGUGUGGAUCCUGUGCCUGGCCAGCAGCCUCCAGGCAGCACCUCUCGGGUCAGCCUUGGAGAGCAACCUAGACCUGGCUACCCUCAGCGAGCAGGAAAAGCGACUUCUGCUGGCUGCACUGGUGCAGAACUACUACGAGCUGAUGGAGGCCAGGAAGCUGGAGCAGGAGGAGCAGGAGGCUGAGAGUUCCAGCAUCACUGCCCAGAAGAAAUCCUGCAACACUGCCACCUGUGUGACCCACCGGCUAGCGGGCUUGCUGAGCAGGUCAGGGGGUGUGGUGAAGGACAACUUCGUGCCCACCAAUGUGGGCUCCAAAGCCUUUGGCCGCCGCCGCAGGGACCUUCAGGACUGAGUAGCUAAUGGCCCCGAGAAGAAGGUUAUGUGACGCUGAACUCAACCACGUCUAUUAGUUUUUAUUAACAAUGACCUGGUAAGAAGGCUCCAUGGAUAAUGUGUAUGUUU